UAACAUUUAACCAUACAACACAAACACAUGAAGAAGAAGAUAAGACCACUUUCUCAAAAGAGUGAGUAGUUGAUAACACAAUCUAUACAACCUUUUCAUCCACUUCUUUGAAAACAUCAAAUAAUUUCAGAUCAACAAAAGUAAACUACCUUCAUUUCUUCAAACCAAACCCAAAAAUAAACAAAGACUACUUUGAUGAAGUCUCAAUUGUUGUACCAUUCUCUUCCAUUACACACCAAAACCACCUUAAAUCCAAACCUUAAGUUCUCGUCUUUCGGCUUUCCUUCUUAUUCCCCUGCAUUUCUAGGAAAGGGAAUCCCAGUUCCUCCUAAAUUUCCCACAAAGUUUAAAUAUUGGUUGAUAAAAUCACAUAACAAAGAAAAAGAUACAACUUUAUCAGCAGCAGCAGUAGAUGAAAAUGAUGAUGAUGAAUUUCAUAGGAGGAAGAGUUUUCAGGUGAUUACAGGAGCUGUUUCAAUUGGGCUUUUACUGCUGAUAAUGGGCCAAGAUAAGGCGUGGGCUUUAGGUCCAGAAGGCCCAUUGAUGGAGGAGUUCUGGGAGAAUGUCAGAAGAUAUGCAUUGUAUGCACUUACUGUGAGUACAGGAGUUUUAUAUGCUGUUUUCCAGCCUAUAUAUGAGCUCCUUAAGAACCCCAUUUCUGCUGUUCUCACAUUGAUUAUUAUUGGAGGCUCCAUUUUCAUCAUUUCUCAAGUUCUUUACUCUAUGGUUGGCGUCUCUGACUUCUCUUAUGAGUAUGCUUACUAGUUACUAGCUAGAUGACUCCUCAUUCUAUCACAACCUGAGGUUUCGAAAGUGGAAACGUUUACGAAUUGGAGAAGUCUUUGGUCCAGGGCCGGACCUAUGUGGGGUCCUGGGUGGCACGGGCUCCAUUAGCAAAAACGGAAACCAUUUAAAGAUGGGAAAACAUUAGGUCUAGAGGUUUUCGUGCUUCAUAAAUUACGACUCUUACCAUUUUUGCUCUUGUUAUGCUAUAUUGCUAUGCCCAUUUAUGGCAUUUAUAAUAGUACUACACAGCUAGGUAGGUUCUGUUUAGUGAGCAUGUCAACUACUGUAAAUGAAUUGAGUCAAGUAAUCAAAGCUUAAUAUUCAAUCUCAA